AACUGAGUUGGGGUUGGCAGAUAAACUGACUUGGGUGCCCUAUUCUGCUGCAACCUUCCUGGCCUGUAGGCCUCAUUGACUUCCUUAAUAAUUUUCUAGGGCUGAACUAAAUGACUUCUUGGUUCUAGUCAGCCUCGAAUUUCAGAGGCAACUUUCCCAUCAUGAUACUCUUUGCUGCACUGUUUUGCCCUCUUAAUGUCCCACUUUUAGCCCUUUCUCCUGGUCAUACUUGCUCUCAUCUGCAACAGCUCCAGUUCAUACCUCCUGGACCCCAAAUGCCUAAGUCUAAGUCCAACUUCUUAUUUCACUUAUCUGGAGAUGUCCUAGCCGGAUCAUGGCCUAUUUAGCUACCAGUUGCUCAGGCUUUUCCUUCUUCAUUAUCCAUAAUUCUUUCCUCCAUACCAUCCCAACAGUCAUUAGGUCCUGUGGGUUCAAUCACAUUAAUACUUUUUUUUUUUUUAAAUUUUAGCUAGGCUGGGUCUUUGUGCCACCACACUCAGUUCAUACAGUGCUGGAGAUCUAACUCGGGGCCUCUUGGAUGUUAGACAAGCACUCUACCAACUGAACCGCAUUCCUAGCACUAAUUGUUGGCCUCAAAGUCCUGAUCCUCUAAGGUGUUCUUUGCAUACUGACAUUCACCAUUACCAGCUUCAUUUCCUUUAUUUUGUUUAUUCAUCUUUUUUUAAAAAUAAUUUAUUUAACUUUAUUUUAUGUGCAUGAAGGAGUUAGAUACCCUGGAACUGGAGUUACAGACAGCUGUGAGCUGCCAUGUGGGUGCUGGGAAUUGAACCCAGGUCCUCUGGAAGAGUAGCCAGUGCUCUUAACCACUAAGCCAUCUCUCCAGCCCUUAUUCAUCUUUUUGAGUCAGGAUCUCCUUAGCCCAAACCGGCCUGGAACUUAUGUAGCCCAACUGGCCUCAAACUUGUGGUAAUUCUCCUGCCUCAGGCUCCAAAGUACUGGGAUUACAAGUGUGAGCCAUCCCAGCCAGCUCCCCCAUGAAUAUUCUGUAUUUGUUGCUAUGCUGAGACAGUUCUGGUAAGUGCAUAAGACAGGGUUUCUCUGUGUAACAGUCCUUACUGUCCUGGAACUCGCUUUGUAGACUAGGCUGACCUUAAACUCACAGAGAUCCUUCUGCCUCUGCCUCUGUCUCCCCAGUGCUGGGAUUAAAGGUGUGCACCACCACCUGGCUCUUCCCUUCUUUUACAGGGUCUCAAGUAUUUCAGGGUGGUCAUGAACUAAUUUACUAUGUAGCCAAGUCUGGCCUUACAUCCUAAUCCUCUUGUUUUAGUCUUCCAAGUGCUGAGGUUUCAGGUGUGAGUCACCAUUCCCAGCUUUUUUUUUUUUUUUUUAAGCAAAAAAGGGAAAAAGUGAGUCAACCUCACUCCUAAAUGUGCUUUCUGGCUUUUAAACCAUCACUGGUGACCCAAGAGCACCUAACAUCUGAGCUGUCACUAUACUAACAAUUUCCCUGCUCCCGCAAGUGACACAGCGGUCUGUCGCUAGGUUGAAUAAUUUGUCCUGGAGCUUAGUUCUCUUUUUGGCUGUAUAAAUGAUCCUUCAGAAACUGAGAAAGCUGGAGGGCAGAGCCUGGGAAGAAAAGUUGCGCCUGUGCAAGGCUUCCCCCCUCCCCUUUUCUGAUUGUACUUCCUUUGAAAGAGUCUGAGGCUCGUUCCUUUCCGGUUCAUAAACCGGUGACGUUCUUAGUUCCCAGGCUCUGAUUGGUUUUACAACGCCAAAAUAAAGGCCCGUUGAAGAACAUGUAGAUAUGCGGGCGGGCUCGGCGGCGCCCCAGAGUUGGUGGGAGGGAACGCGCGAAUUUUCCUAAGGCCCUUGCGGAGGCCCACCCUCUGCCCUGGGUGUCAUUGGCGGCGGGUUGAAGUUCUGCUGUCCGCUCCGCCCCUAGUUGGUUAGGUUUCCUGGGCGGAGGUAGGAGCGGUGGAGGGGGAAACCGCAGGCCUGCUAGGCCUUGGGGGCCCAGCACUUCCUUUGUUUCAUCCGUCUCUUGGAAGCACCGGCUUUAGGUGCCUUUGUGAGCUGAGGCUGGAAGGCAGAGGGUAGGGUGGCUGGGAUUGACUCUAGGGAUGCUGCUCCAGAAUAUACUCUCACUGCCUAAUCAUUUUUUUUCUCUCCGGAGCCCCACUGUCCUUAGGGUUCGUGUCAUCUCCCUCUGUCCACAGUAGCCAAGCAGUCUGAUUACAUCAGCCGUGUGGUCAUCCCUCAGGACCAAAUGUACAUUCUUCCACGUAUUUAAAAAGGUCUUUUUUUUUUUUUUUAAGGUCUUGCGGAGCUGGAGAAAUGGGUCAGUGGUUAAGAACACUUGUUGCUCUUCUGGAUGACCUAGGUUCGAUUCCCAGCACCCACGUGGCUGCUCACAACUGUCUGUAACUCCAGUUACAGUGGAUCUGACACCGUCACUCACACAGACACAUAUAUGCAGGCAAAAUAUCAAUGCACAUAAGAUAAAAAUUAAAAAAACAAAACAAAACAGAAAGGGCUCCCAGCACUCCAGGAGACAGAGGCAGACAGCUCUGAGUGGUUUGUGUUUUUGGGUUCUUUGUGAUUUUGUUGUGUUUUGUUUUUUGAGACAGAGUGUUCUCUCUCUCUCUCUCUCUCUCUCUCUCUCUCUCUCUCUCUCUCUCUCUCUCUCUCUCUCUCUCUCUCUCUCUCUCUCUCUCAGCUACCGCCUGGCAGCUCUGGGUAUUUUAUUUCUUCUAUAGGUUCUGAUAAGUUGCGUAAAGUCAAAUACGUUGACCAUUAUGGUUUCAUGUUGAAUAUAAACAGUUGGAUUUCUGACUGGCCUGCAUAGUGACACCCUGCCAGAAAUAAUCCUGUAGAUCUAGCUUUUUAAAAAAUAUUUAAGAGCUCUCUUUUUAAAUAUUUAUUUUUAUUUUUGUGUCUAUGUAUGUUUGUGUGUGUGGGUUCUUUCAGAGUACAGAAGAGGGCAUUAGACCUCCUAGAAGUGAAGUAUUACAUAGUUGUGAGCUGCCUCUGGAAUCUAAGAACUCUGUCCUCUGGAAGAGCUCUUAACUACUUUGGAACCAUCUCCAUUGCCUAUCUUUUGGGGUUUUAUUUUUGUUUGUUUGUUUGUUUUGACAGAGUCUCCAUAUAUAACCCUGAUCUCUGCCUCUAGGUGAGCAUCACCUCACCCAGCUUAUCUGAUUUUUGAGAUAGGGUCUCACUCUGUAGCAUAUAAGGGCUGGCCUGGAAGUCACCCUGCAACCCUGGCUUGCCUCUGAACCACCACUCACCAACUCUCACCCUGCCCUGCAGGUUUUGGAGUCUUAAAACAGGAGCUAGCCAGGUGAGGUGGUGGUGCACGCCUUUAGUCUCAGCACGGGGAGGCAGAAGCAAGCAGAUCUCUAUGAAUUCAAGGCCAGUCUGGUCUACAUAGCAAGCUCCAGUCUGACCAGAGCAACUGAAUGAGACCCUGUCUCAAAAAGCCAAAAAGAAGGGAGCUGAGGAGAAGGUUCAGUGGUUAAGAGCACUUGUUCUUUCAGAGGGUCAAUUCCCAGCACCCACUUGGAGGUUCACAAUCAUCUGUAAUUCCAGUAUCUAGUAUCUGAGACCUUCUUCUGGUCUCCAUGGGCACCAAGCACACACACACACACACACACACACACACACACACACACACACACACACACAUUGCACAUAUAAAAGCAAAACACAUAAAAUUAAGUGACUAUAAAUCUAAUAAGAUUUUUUUAAAGCCAAAAAGGAAUAGUCCAGGUGUGCUGGCACAUGCCUUUAAUCCCAGCACUCAGGAGGCAGAGGCUGGCUAAUUCCUGUGAGUUCAAAGCCAGCCCGGUCUACAUGGUGAGUUCCAGGACAGCCAGGGCUACAGAGUGAGACCCUGUCUCAAAAAAAAAAAAGGAACAUGAGCUAAAGAUACAAAAAGCAGUUUCACUCAUAGCUUCAGAUGCCAAACAAGUGUCCUAAGAGCUAGGGCAAUCACUCAGCUUUUCUGUUUUGCCUUUCAUUCAGUUUCAUGCCAAGGGACUGAAUGGGGCACCAUUCAGAUUCCUGGAGUAAGGACUGAGAACAUUUGAAGGCCAGUUCAGUGGCCAUUUCUUGUGUGCCUGAUUUCUGAAUCCUGCCCUGGCUGGGCUCUGCUGGGUGGAUGAAGGACUUUUAGGAUUAGUCAAGGCUCAGAUAGAAUGGAAGGCAGGUAGGGUGGGUUGCUUUGACAAAUAAAGGGACUUGUGUGAGGCACUGUUAGAAUGUGUCUCCUGACAAAGGAGCUCACAUGGAUGCAUGCCCAUUCAUGUGUUGUGAGAAGACAUACAAGCUUGCUUUACUUGAUGGAGGAUUCCAACAUUGCUACUUCUGAUACCAGCUUCUGGAAGUCGAAGACUUGGGCCUGUCAACUUCUAGCUAGCUUCCAGGCCUUUUCUUCAAGUCUCUGUGAGCACCUGGCAGCAUCUUAGAGAAAGGCUUUGGUACUAAGCAAGUAGAGACCAAGAACUAAGGGAGUAAGUAUUCUUUCUGGCCAAGAAAGUUGAUUGCAUACAAUUGAAGAGCCAGAAUAGUCUCCCCCUCCUGCCAGAACUCCAGGUCAGUGUCAUAUGUGUUCACAUGCACUUUGAUAUCCAUUCGUGCAUGUACAGGUCUGGACUCCUUUUGUAUUUUAGCACCUAAGUUCCUUGCCUUUCUCUUACUAUCUGUAUACCCCAGGACCUUCUCCAUCGAACUGAAGACAGGUGGAUUGUCAUCUGCCUCCUGCCUUCCCAACUGAGUAGAAAAGCCUAGUGUGGUUGUACAUACCUGUAAUUCUUGUACUUGGCAGAGGCAGAAAGAUUGCCUCAAGUUUGAAGCCAGCCUGGAUUGUGUAAGGAGUACCAGGCCAACCAAGGCUACAGAGUGAAACCCUAUGAACGAGACCCUAUCUCUAAACUUGUAAUACAAAACAUCACAAAUUGACCGAUGAGUAGGUCUUGCCCUCUGGCUUAGAGUUGGUGGGGGUGGAGCAAAUCCCCUUUAUCCCUAGAUAAAAGAGGCAAUAGGAGUUGCUCCCAGGCUGUCUCAGAGUAUAGGUCCCUACAGGUGCAAGAUGCAAGGGAAAAGAGACAAAAAGAGUCUCUUUCCGGCAGCAGGAAGUGGUAACUACCUAUGGGGAAAUGAGGCUAGUUCUUUCCUUUGGUGCUGAGUAGAAGGGGAACUGUAGCUGAACACUAUUCCUCCCCCUCGGGGCCCAGAAGGGACACAGGCCUGCAGUUCUCUGGGGAACUUCCCAUUAGCUGUCAGGGCUCCCUUAGGCCUCACUCAGGCCUGUGACUCCAGGAAGGAGGAUGGCAUCUGAUGUCCAGGGAGGCUGGGGGGAGGGAGGUCGUCUAGGGACUGGAGCAGCUAUGGCGCCAAUGUCCACUAGUAUUGAGGGCCAGUGGGCACAGGGGUGUGGUCUGACUUUGGGGACCACAGAUAGCUUUCUGCAGAUGGUGAGGAACAGCAGCAGGUGGUCCCAGGCAUGUUGGGGCUCUCUUGCAUUGGCUGCUUGAUGCUGAAUCUUAGGGCUCAAGGUGAUCUAAGUAGAGGAGCAGAGCAAGACAGCUUGCCUCAAGAGCCGUGUGCUGGGAAGGGGCGCCUUGUCCUUAAGAAGCCCACCCAAGCAGCAGGCAGCGCUUGGUCCUGGUCGCCCCGCCCCUCCCGGGGACCGUGCUGGGGGCGGGGCGAGGCGGGGCAGGGCGGAGCUGGCGGACUGUGCUGGCCUUGGAGCCCCUGGUCCCUGUGCUCCGCGGUCUCGCUUUGCCGCCGCGUGGGAGCAUCGGGACUCGAAGGCACGCUCAGCCCUCGACUAUGGCGGCGCACGGGAAGCUGCGGCGGGAGCGGGGGCCGCAGGCUGAGUAUGAGGCACAAGUCAAAGAGAUGCGCUCGCAGUUGAGUGAGCAGCUCCGUUGCCUGGAGCUUCAGGGAGAGCUGCGGCGAGAUUUGCUGCAGGAACUAGCUGAGUUCAUGCGGCGCCGGGCAGAGGUGGAGCUGGAGUACUCUCGGGGCCUGGACAAGUUGGCUGAACGCUUUGCCAGCCGCAGUGGUCGUCUGGGGGGCAGCAGCCGGGAGCAGCAAAGCUUCCGGAAGGAGCCGACUCUCUUGUCACCCUUGCACUGCUGGUCUGUGUUGCUGGAGCACACACGGCAGCAGAGUCGAGAAAGUGCCGCCCUCAGCGAGGUGCUGGCUGGGCCCCUGGCUCAGCGCCUGAGUCAUAUUGCUGAGGAUGUGGGACGCAUAGUCAAAAAGAGUAAGGACCUGGUGCAGCAGCUGCAGGAUGAGCUCCUGGAGGUGGUCUCAGAACUCCAGACAACCAAGAAGACAUAUCACGUGUACCACUUGGAGAGCAUGAAUGCUGAGACCAAACUCCGGGAAGCUGAGCGGCAGGAGGAGAAGCGGUCAGGCCGGAAUGCCCUGCCCACCAGCACUGCUGCCUCUGCCAGCACCACGACUACUGUUACCACCACUGAGACAGGGCCCCUCCGAAAGAGCUCUCUCAAGAAAGGAGGGCGGCUAGUGGAGAAGCGUCAGGCCAAGUUCUUGGAGCAUAAACUUAAGUGCACUAAGGCCCGAAACGAGUACCUGCUCAGCCUGGCCAGUGUCAAUGCCGCCGUCAGCAACUACUACUUGCAUGAUAUUUUGGACCUCAUGGAUUGCUGUGACACAGGUUUCCACUUGGCCCUGGGGCAGGCCCUCCGGAGCUACACAGCUGCAGAGAACCGCACCCACGCCUCUCAGAUGCAGGGAUUGGGCAGCCUGGAAGAGGCUCUGGAGGCCCUAGAUCCUCCAGGGGACAAGGCCAAGGUGCUUGAGGUUCAUGCCAGGGCCUUCUGUCCCGAUCCACGCUUUGACUACCAGCCCCAUGAAGGUGAUGAGGUGGCUAAGAUCCAGGUUGAGAUGGAACUUCGGGAUGAGAUUUUGCCCAGAGCCCAAAACAUCCAGAGUCGCCUGGACCAAAAGACCAUCGAGACAGAAGAGGUGAAUAAGACACUGAAGGCAACACUUCAGGCUCUGCUAGAGGUGGUGGCAUCAGAGGAUGGGGACAUGCUGGACCCUUUGCAGGCCAGCCCCUCCACUGAGUCCCUCAAGUCCACAAACUCAGACCCAGGCACCCGACAGACAGGCCGAAGACGGAGCCAGCAGCAGGAGACAGAGACCUUCUACAUUACGAAGCUGCAGGAGUAUCUGAGUGGCCGGAGCAUUCUUGCCAAGCUGCAGGCCAAGCAUGAAAAGCUGCAGGAGGCCAUACAACGAGGUAACAAGGAAGAGCGAAAAACAUCUUGGACCCAGUGCACAGAGAGAAAAUUCCACAAGAGCCACCAUACCCUUCCUAACUCCCAGUGUAACCAGAGACUCUUUGGAGGUGACCUGGAGAAGUUUAUCCGGAGCUCAGGCCAACCUGUGCCCCCUGUGGUGGAGAGCUGUAUCCGUUUCAUUAACCUCAAUGGCCUGCAGCAUGAAGGCAUCUUCCGGGUAUCAGGUGCCCAGGCCCGGAUCUCUGAGAUCCGAGAUGCCUUUGAAAGAGGGGAGGAUCCUCUGGUGGAAGGUUGUACUGCUCAUGACCUAGACUCAGUGGCUGGGGUACUGAAGCUGUACUUCCGGAGCCUGGAGCCCCCACUCUUCCCCUUGGACAUGUUUAAUGAGCUGCUGGCCUCAGCAGAACUGGAGGCUGUGGGUGAGCGGGUGGAGCCUGUGAGCCAUCUGCUGUCCAGACUACCCAGACCCGUGCUAGUAGUCCUGCGAUAUCUUUUCACCUUCCUCAACCACCUGACCCAGUACAGCGAUGAGAACAUGAUGGACUCCUACAACCUGGCUGUAUGCUUCGGGCCCACACUGUUGCCUGUGCCUGCUGGGCAGGACCCUGUAGCCUUGCAGGGCCGGGUGAACCAGCUGGUGCAGACUCUUAUCCUUCAACCAGCUCGAGUUUUCCCAUCCCUGACUAUGUUGCCAGGCCCCAUCUAUGAGAAAUGCAUGGCACCACCUUCUGCCAGCUGCCUGGGGGAUGGCCAGUUGGAGAACCUUGUUGGGGAGCUGGAGUUGGAAGCUGGGACCACAGCUCAGGAGGAUGACCAGGAAGGAGUUGUGGAGGCUGUGGCCUGCUUUGCCUACACUGGCCGGACAGCCCAGGAGCUGACAUUCCAGCGAGGUGAUGUGCUACGGCUGUAUGCUCGGGCAUCAAGUGACUGGUGGCGAGGGGAGCAUGCUGGUGUGCAGGGACUCAUUCCCCAUAAGUACAUCACACUGCCUGAGGGGGAUGAGAAGCAGACAGCUGGUCUGCAGGCCACAGCGGAAUCUGUGAGCCAUCCAGAGAGCUUCCUGACCUUGGAGUUUACCAAUCGGCUGGAACUAGGCACCCCACCUGAGGCUGUGAGCCCCUCUGGGCACAGACGACACUGUUUGGUCCCCACCUCCCCUGAGCAACAUGUGGAGAUGGAUAAGGCUGUGGCCCAGAACAUGGACUCUGUAUUUAAGGAGCUCUUGGGAAAAGCUGCUGUCCGCCAGGGACAUGGGCUAGCAUCUACAGCCACCCCCAGUCUAGGAACCCGAAAUCUGAAGCCCCUGGCCUGCAGCAGCUUCGGCAAAAACAAAGUUUUCUCCCGGGGACCAGGGGCUCCAGUUUCCCCCUCAGUCUCCCAUCCCCAGGGUCCAGACUCAACUCGCAAGCCACUCUGAGGCAGCUUACCUCCAGCAGUCACCAGACCACAUUCCCCCUAGGCCUGUUGCCUCUCCACAGCCCUGCUCUAGGCCUCUUUGAGAAGUAACAAAGGAAGGAGGCUAGAGUUAAGCCCUUCUGUGCCUUUGCUGGGAAAUCUUAGGCUGUGGCUGUGGAAGAUGGAAGUUGCAGCAAUUCAUAAAGACCCAUGCACUGGU